AUGGCUCACCUAUCGACAGCGAAGUCUUGCCUGUGGUAUAGGAAGGGCAAGAAUAAGGACCUCUGGUCCAAUCUUCCGAACGUUGAGGAGCAAAUGGUUGAGGAACAGGCUCUGUCCAGUGCCGAAGACAUGGAGGUCGACCCGCAGGAGAAUAUCUGGGACGCGUUGGAGAACAGAGACCUGUUCAGGUUUGUUCUACCUGACGCGGGAACACAACCCGCAACACAGGAUGAGAACCAGGCUUCGUCCUCUACGCACCCAGCUGUUCCGCCCGAUCCGCGAGUCGUUCAAGCUCCAGCAUUGGACGACGAUGAGGACGACAGGGUUGAAGAAGAGGACUCUCUUGCGGGAAAGGUCAUCCGAAUGGACGCCACCAUUGUACAGACAUGGAAAGCAUUCUUCGCGGACGAUCUAGAAGACGACACAUCGGACGCGGACCAAAUGGAGGUGGACAGCGAGGAUGGCAGGCCGAGAGGGAGGGAUAGGAGCGAGGUGUGGAAGCCUUUUGCCUCAGAGCUGGACUGGAGGGUGGCCAUGUGGGUUGUUCGUGAGGACGUAGGGCAGAAGUCUAUUAACAGAUUUCUCUCAAUACCAGGAGUUGUAGAAAAGCUGGGACUGACCUUCAAGGACGUACGGGAGCUUUUGCUGAAGGUUGACGAUAUCCCGGACAGGGCUGCGUGGAAGACAGCUUCGUUGAGCUUUCCCGAUCGACCGGACGAGAUUCACCUUAAACUACUACCUGAAGGAGCGGCCCUCGCCCCUGUGAUCAUCUCUACGGACAAGACCCAGCUUACGCAGUUCUCGGGAAACAAGACCGCAUAUCCCGUUUAUCUUACUCUUGGUAACAUCCCACGUUCUAUUCGCCGCAAACCAUCACAACACGCAUGUAUCUUGCUCGGAUACCUCCCUGUCUCCAAGGUAGUUGGGGACAAGAUGACCAAGAGGGAACGCAAGGCGAGGUCGCAGAGGCUCUUCCAUGAGGCUAUGAGUAUCAUUCUCAAGCCUCUGGUCCGCGCAGGCGUGGAUGGGAUUGAAGUCACCGGAGGGGACGGUGCUGUACGGCGCGUUUAUCCCAUCCUAGUGGCCUAUGUUGCGGACUACCCUGAGCAAUGUCUUGUGGCAUGCUCCAAGUACGGAACCUGUCCCAAGUGCCAGUGUCCGGCCGACAAACUCGCGGAACCUGUUGCGGCUGAGCCUCGCACGUCUGAAAUGACGGAGAGUAUCAUCCUGGAGGCCUCCAACCAAGGGCUCAGCGACGCAGCCUGCGAAGCCCUGUGUAUGCAACAGAACGUCGCGGGUGGGGUGAAGAAGCCGUUUUGGGCAGACUUGCCCUACACCGAUAUCCACCUCUCCAUCACACCGGACGUCCUCCAUCAACUGUACCAAGGCGUCUUCAAACAUCUAGUUACCUGGUGCCAAGAUCUACUCGGUCCGAAGGAACUUGACAGGCGAAUCCGCUCUAUGCCGCCGGCGUUCGGGGUUCGACACUUCAAGCAUGGGAUCUCUUCACUGUCACAAAUAACGGGCACCGAACGCAAGGGUAUGGCUCGUAUUCUCCUCGGUUGUCUCAUUGGCAAAAUCCCUAAGUCCCUCCUCAUCUGCUUCCGCUCUCUACUCGACUUCAUCUACCUCGCCCAGUACCCAACUCACGAUGACGACACUCUAGGGUAUUUGAGCGAUGCCCUCAAGAUGUUUCACGAACACAAGAACAUCUUGGUGAAAUUAGGGAUUCGCGAGCAUCUCAAUAUCCCCAAGUUUCACUCCCUACUCCACUACGUCGACUCUAUCCGCCUCUUCGGAACAACAGACAAUUAUAAUACUGAGAUGUUCGAGCGUCUUCAUAUCGACCUUGCCAAGGACGCCUGGCGGGCAUCGAACCACCGGGACGAAUUCCCGCAGAUGACGAGGUGGAUAUCGAGACGAGAGAAGAUGAUGCUAUACGAGGUCUUUCAAAACGAGCGUCAGGCCACUGAGGAGCUGGAGGACGAUGAGGCGGAUAGGGAAAGCCGUGUCGACGAGUUGGAAGAGCGUGAAGCCCGUCCAGAAGAGUCUCGGAUGCCGACCGUAACAUCCGAAUCGCGAAGCUUUACCACUGCACUCGCACUCUUCGUCAACGACCUUCAGCCCCGGGAGCUGCGACUCACUCGGCAAGAACUGAGUCAGACGGUUCUACCGUUCGAUCGACUCGACAUCUCAUUAAGGCAUUCCUGGCUCUGCUCAGAAAGGAAGAAGGAGCGGUUUGACACCGCGAUUAUUCUGGAGAACAACGAGGCAGAAUCCACUGGAGUGAGAGGGCCCUCGGGAGCUGCUGGAGGAGCUACUCGCCCUGGUACGCGCCUGGAACCUCCUCCAAAGUUGGGAGGGUGGAUACUGCUGGGCUCCAUUUUGGAGAGCCACCGGGGCGUGGAUGUGCCCCCUUACUUCCGGGGACAGGGGCGGAACGUUGCGCUGGAAACGUUCAUAUUCUUCGAGGAGGCCCACAUCCCCAUGUGCCUUCCUCUUGUAUGGCAGAUCCGCGACGACACGCAGGAAAUCGAGAUCUCCUUCGACCAGCCGCUAACGGCUCAAAUUUUCCCCUCCCUCAAUAGAUGGAGGGGCAUUCCGCGCGGGGGAAGAAUACAAUUCGAUUUUUUCAACGUCAAGACGCAGACGUUCGUCCCCGUCAUCCGUCACCCGCUCGACGUGCCGUUCCGUCUUCCCCUUCCCCUCGAGUUUGUACCCGUAUUCAAAAUCAGCUCCGUCACGACCGCCGCAUUCGCCGAGAAGUACUCGCGCGGCACAAAGCCGCUCAAGCCCAUGUGCUCCAUGAAGGCCAGCUUCAUGGAGCUGAAGUUCAAUGGCCGCGAGGACUUCCUCAUCCGCGCGAAGCCGUGGUACGGCGAGGUAGCGAAGUGCGCACGCUUUGGCGAGCCCGGCUACUCAGUCGCUGCGUUCAUAUCCGAGGAUUGGCCCGCUGCUGAGGAUGGCGGGGUGCCCAAGGGUAGCGCAGGCGGCGACAACGCGCCGGACGAAGACAUCGGCAUCAGGAACCGCGCGUCCAGGAGAUUGAAAUUUGGGAGGUCACUGCGGACGGCAGAGAGAUUCCGUACGUUGAAGCUGGGACUGUGGAGGCUGGAGAACGGGGCGUGCAUGGUGCGGUGUUGUACCAUUAGCUGA